AUAUCAACAGCCCUAGCCCAGUGGCAAUCUCUCCUCUGCUUCUUUUUGAAUGAGGAAACCCAAGAACUGUCACACUCUGCUCAAAAACUUUCGCACUAAUUUCGGCUCUCUCCAAAGCCCUACUCACAAGAAGAUGGAUCCCUCGGAGCGUUACUGUUUCAAUCCAAAGUUGCGGUGGAAUCCUCAAGUGGAAGACUACUUCAUCAAGGCAUAUGGAGCUCAACAUUUCUCUCGCAUCUCUGAAGCCUUAACGCGUCCAUCUUGUUACUCUUGUAUUCGUGUGAACACACUCAAGUCAACAAGUGAUGCUGUCAUUGAGAAGCUACUGACAAUCAUGCAGGAUUCAGGGUUUAAAAAGGCUUCUGAUUGCGUAGAUUCACACAAAAGCGAUGCCACUGUUGAUUCUGAUAUUGCCCAGAAGCUUAAACACUCUGGGAAAGAAAGUAAUAUAAAUCAGAAUUCUGAUGCUCAUGGCAACGUGUUACUGGGACAAAAUGAAGAUAUGGUGAGGGCCAUAAAGGAAAGCUUACAGGGUAGAACCAUCUCUAAGUGUCUGGUUCCUGGGUUAGAAUAUGUUGUAUUUGUUAAAGGUUCAGGACCACAUACUAUUGAUUAUGGUUAUGCACCUGGAAAACCUCCAAAGGAGGUGAUUGUAAGUAGGAAGUGUGCAGAAGCAGUUCUUCGAGGAGCUCAGAUAUACGUUCCUGGUGUGAUGGCUUGCAGCGCUCAUGUCGAGAAAGGAGAUGUAGUUGCAGUUUCAGUUGCCGUUGAGCAACCUGGGGCCGAUGGUGGAUGGGGUCUUGGCAUUACACGCGGGACCAUUAUUCAUGGAUUAGAAACAGAUCCCUAUUAUUCUGAGCGUUGUGGCUUGUAUAUUGGCCAAGGAACAACUAUGAUGUCAAGGGCUGGGAUCUUCCGUGUUACAGAAGGAAUCGCUGUUGACAUGAAUAAUCAAAUAUUUAAACUGCCUUCAUUUCAUGAUGUGCUUGAGGGGGAAAUAUUUCUCCAAAACCUGCCAAGUAUUGUCACUGCUCACGUCCUAGAUCCUCAAAAAGGUGAACGAAUACUAGACAUGUGUGCAGCACCUGGAGGAAAAACAACUGCGAUUGCUAUCCUUAUGAGGGAUGAAGGAGAGGUUGUUGCAGUUGAUAGAUCCCAUAAUAAGGUGAUGGAUAUUCAGAAAUUGGCUGCUGAAAUGGGCUUAAAUUGUAUAACUACUUACAAACUGGAUGCACUAAAAGCUGUUAGCCGAAGAAAUGAAUCCAAUGAUACGUCCAUGCAGUACUGCAGCAAGGAUAAUGUUUGUGAAACUAUUCAAGGUUUUGAUGACACAAGAUUGCAUGACGAGAGAGUAUCAUCUACUGCCACAGAAGGGUUGAUUGCCGUUAUGGCGGGCACAGAAAAGGUUAGCAAUGAAAAAGGAAAUGAGAGAACUUACAUUAGCAAAGCUGACAUCAGGAAGAAUAGGCAAAAAAUGCGGAAUGGGCCUGGAAGAAAUCAGUCCCUUGGUGGUAGGGUUGAGUAUUCAAAAGGAUUUUUUCCUUACAGCUUUGAUCGAGUUCUUCUUGAUGCACCCUGCUCUGCCCUUGGUCUAAGACCUCGACUAUUUGCUGGAGAGGAAACAAUAGUUUCAUUAAGAAACCAUGGAAAAUAUCAGAGGAGAAUGUUUGACCAGGCUGUUCAAUUAGUUCGUCCUGGUGGAGUUAUUGUGUAUUCAACAUGUACAAUUAACCCUGGUGAGAAUGAAGCAUUGGUGCGAUAUGCUUUGGAUACAUAUAAAUUCCUCUCAUUAGCACCUCAGCAUCCUAGAAUUGGAGGACCUGGCCUUAUUGGUAGUUGUGAAUUUCCUGACGGAUAUAUUGAGGAGUGGUUAAGACCUGGCGAGGAAGAACUUGUUCAGAGGUUUGAUCCGUCAUCUCCACUUGAUACAAUUGGAUUUUUUAUAGCCAAGUUUAUUGUUGGCUCCAGGGAUUCUUGAUUCUGACGCUUUCCAGUUUGGUGAACCUAAAAGAAUUAGUUAGUGGUUACUGAAGCAGCAUCAAAUUAUUUGCUCAAAGAAGGAUUUUUUACUGCCCUUUUUUUUGGUAGUGUAUGAAGAGCUUUGUACACGAUUAUGGCCAUAAGACUAAAUGCUGCUUGUAUUUGUUUCGUUACAUUCUAUUCCAAAUGGGAAAUUUUAUCUGUAGGAUGAAGUAUAUCAAUGUAACAAAUUGUUUGAAUCUA